UUUUUUUUUCAGCAAUUGAACGGAAGUUGACAAUGGUCGGUUCUGUCUUUGACCGGAAGUCCCCCACGGUAUAACUCCUACUGCCAAUCAACAAAGCCAACGUAAGUUCCUACACCAAGGGAGUGACGUGAAAUUAAAAAUGAUUGUUGUUGUAAGGGGAUUGAAUGCAGAAAACGGAAGGAAAUUUAUAGUGUAAUUAAGCAAUUGUUACCGGACUAGAUCAAUGGGUCAGGUCGGAUUUAGUUUGAAGGAGAGAUUAUAUACAGUGUCUUUUGGUAUGAGCUUUUCGAAGUACUUAAGUCGGUGAUACGCCAUUUUACAAUUUUUUAUAUCCAUAUUUUAUCAAUUGAACUACAAUGUCUAUUUUCCAUCUUUCGUCGUUUCCUCCAGCCAGAAGAACAAAAGUGACCCGAGCUUGUGACCCGUGUAGGAAAAGAAAGGUCAGGUGUACUGGAAGAGCAGUUUGUCCCCGAUGUAUGGAAAGAAAUCUUAAUUGUACCUUUACAAUUGGUGAUUUAAGGAGUUCCAGAGGCGCUAAAUCUAAAAGACUAAAUCCGGGGGCUGAUGGUAAAAAAAUUGAAUGUAUUGAGGUAUCUCGAGCAAUUUCUGAUUCAGGUGGUAAUGUUACUGUUUUACCAUCAAUUGAGGAUAUCUUUAAACAAUUGAAUAUUGAGUUGGUAUCAUUUAUGAAGAAUUCCGGUGAAAAUGGUCUACCGAACAUGAAUGAUAUAAUGAAUGCUCUUCUGAGAGCUCAUUCAAAGACUGAUUUGGAAGCCAUUGAUAAAUCUCCCCUUAGUGAUCUUUUAAUCACACCCCCUUGUUCUGGAGGAUCAUACCGUGGGUCAAACGAAUGUUUCUUCUCAAUUGACAAUAAUAAACUCAUGUAUCUGGGAUUUGCAAAUUGUGAAUCAGUGGUACAAGAAACCAAAUUUAUCUUUAGAAAUAUCAUCGGAAUAACUAAAUUUGACUCGGUAGAGUUUGAUCCUAUUAACGAUAUCGUUAUUGAACCAACCAUUGAGUUUCUAGAAACAAUUCCGGAGAAACACAUUUGCAUUCAAGCCUUUAACACAUUUGUCAUUUAUGUUCAUUGGCAAGCGUAUCUUUUCGAUGAAGAGGAUUUCCGUCGAGAAAUUGAUGAAUUAUUUCAGAACUCAAAUCAAAUUAAAACAAGAGUCCUUCUUUACUUUAUUUUGGCCAUCUCAACCCUUGUUCAUAGCCACGAUGCCGGCAAUUUCAUCUGUGAUCAAGCAGUAAACUAUUUCAAAAGUGCUGUGAAGCUUAAUACAACAAUAAAAGAUCAGGAUGAUUAUUGGCUAAUUUAUUUCAAUUUCUUCCAAGCUUUGUUUUAUAUCUAUACAAACAAGUUUAAAACAGCUUGGCUUUUCGUGGAGAAUGCAAUCAAGAGUGGUGAGAAAUUGAAUAUUCAUAAACUUUCAAUUGAUCAUCCAAACUAUGAUCAUCUUGUGAAUUUAUUCAGAACAUUGUAUUAUUAUAAUAAACUGACUGCUAUAACUGCUGGUAAACCAGCAUUGUUUUUGAAUGAAGAUUGUCAUGAAUUUACCCCUACAAAUCAACAAUAUGAAAUUUCAAGGUUUGCUAAAACUAUUAAAUUUGAUAGCACUGAAAGAAUUAAUUACAUCACAAACCCCGAUAAUGAUCAGCUUUUCAGAUCAAAAGUUUAUUUUUAUCGAACUCAAUUAUUAAGAAUUGCAACUAAAAUAGACAAUUCAGUGUACAACAAUUCGGAAAUUAAAGUAUCAAAAUUUAAAACCCUUGCCGUAGAAUUAAAAGAAUGGUAUGCAAAUCUUCCUCCAGAUUUAAAAGUUGAAAAUUCAUCUUCUGGGAAUUCAGAAGAUGAAAUUAAACAUCGUUAUGCAUGUCUUCAUUUAAAUUCGGUUCACUUAUAUGCUAUUUUCUUAUUAAGUCGACCUUUAUUGAUGUAUGAAAGAACUUGCCAAUUUACCCCAGAAAUAAGAAAUAGUAUACCUUGUGAAUUUGUUGGUGAAUUUAAAAACGCUGCAUAUUGGGAAUUUGUUUAA